AUGUGGUCAUGCAUAAUUGAUUUCUUUACCUAUGAAACCACUAAGUCAGUGGUUGUCAAGAGUUGGACAAUAGGCGUCAUCAACCGAGCCGUCCAACUUCUAAUCUUCGCUUACUUCAUUGGGUGGGUAUUUGUUUAUGAAAAGGCUUACCAAGUGAGGGACACAGCAAUCGAAUCUUCAGUGAUGACGAAGGUAAAAGGUUUUGGAGUCUACAAUGACAAAGUCAUGGAUGUUGCAGACUAUGUCACACCAACACAGGGAGCUUCUGUCUUCUGCAUCAUCACCAAACUGAUAACAACAGAAAACCAAAUCCAAGGAUACUGUCCAGAGAGUGAGGAUAAAUACAUUUGUACCCACAAUAGCAACUGCACACGGCUUGUUAACAAACCAGGAAGUUAUGGAAUUCUUACAGGGAGAUGUGUUCAUUUCAAAGGCACAAUAAAGACUUGUGAAAUUAAAGGCUGGUGUCCUGCUGAGAUCGAUACCAUAAAAACUACACCAAUGAUGGAAGUGGAAAAUUUCACAAUUUUUAUUAAAAACAGCAUUCGAUUUCCAACCUUCAACUACACAAAAGGCAACUUCCUCCCCACCAUCACUGACAAGUAUAUAAACAAAUGCAACUUUGACACUGUCAACAAUACAUAUUGCCCCAUCUUCAAAGUGGGAGAUGUAGUGCGUUAUGCACGGCAAAACUUCACCAAACUCGCAGACAAGGGAGGAGUAAUAGGAAUAAAGAUCGGUUGGAUAUGUGAUCUGGACAAAUCAGACGGCGAUUGCAACCCUUCAUACUCAUUCACCCGACUGGAUGCAAUGUCACAGAAGAAUGCCGUUUCACCUGGUUACAAUUUCAGGUUUGCCAAAUAUUAUAAGAUGGAAAAUGGGACUGACUACAGGACACUAGUGAAAGCUUAUGCAAUAAGGUUUGAUGUGCUUGUCAAUGGAAACGCAGGGAAGUUUAACAUGAUCCCCACUCUUAUCAACAUGGUAGCAGCCUUCACCUCAAUAGGAGUGGGUACUGUGCUGUGUGACAUCAUAUUGCUGAAUUUUCUGAAGGGAGCAGAGAUGUACAAGGCCAAGAAAUUUGAAGAGGUGCCGGACAAGCCGCUGCAUUCUCAAAACCACAGGCUUUAUCACAGCCAGAUUUCACUCCAAAACAAUGCUUUUAUGUCCAGUGACUUGGGAGCGUGA